GCUCAAAACUGGAGGUCAGGUUCUACGAACCAUUGGAGGUUUAUUAGGUUUGUCGAGAUGUAGAUGCUUGUGGAAAUGUACAGCGAUGCAUCCUGACGAACCAGGAUUGUAUUUUGAGAAACCCAAUUCUGUAAGGAUACUUAGCAGCAAACUCAAUAUGGAUCGAACAUUUAGUAUGUCCAGUGCAAGUAAUGAUGAAAACAAAGAAUCAUUGGAUAGUUCGGAAUGCAUACAAAUGGUCCGAUUGUGUUCGGAAUUGCAUCUACAAUGCAGAACGUACCUCACAAUUAUUCGAACUAAUCUCGAAAUUGAUGAUGAAAAUACCGAAAGUUCUCAGUCAGAAAGCGAUAUCGUCUGUGCUUUGAAAAGACUUCAUGCUCUGUUGAACUCGGACUUUUCUUCAAGGAUAAAACAUUUGUAUUCGAUUGCAGGUGAUUAUGAUUUUGGCUCUUUGAGGGCGAAUGGCAUCCGAAGCUUUUUGACCAUUACCAUGAGGUGUUCUGCCGUCCUGCUGACGUACAUCCGGCAAAUGAGUUCUUAUUCCAUUUCCAACUGGUCUGGUAUAACACAUAAGAGUGUGAUAGCAUAUAUCAAUUGCCUUAUGGAGCUCAGCGUGUGUCUUGAAGUCCUCAGUUAUCUACCACGUUUCACUAAACCUUCUACUCUUUUUCCUCGAUCUGAGUUCGUCGAUUUGCCAGAAAUUGGACAUUGUGAUGUGAACACUUUUGAUGAUAAACCAACAAAUAUUACCGAUGCAUGUUCUACUAUCAAAUCAAAACAGCACGAAGAAGAUCUUUCAGAAUUCUAUCGACUAGAAGUCCUAUCAGACAGUAUAAAACAAGAACAUUUUUAUGGUCGUUGUCUAGCCUUUUACUUAUGCCCUAGUGCUCAGAGAAUUUUGCUGUUUCUGAAUUCGUUUAUGGCGGGAUAUGGCAAUAGCUUUUUGACUAGCAAGCAAGGAAUUGUCAGCUUAGUCAACACAGUUUAUCGGUCUGUUACUUCCUACCUAUCCCCUGAAGACCGUGGCAAAAUGCUGGCAAAGCUUACACGAAGUUCCAGUGUUCAAUUCUGUAAAGCAUUCUGGAAUUUAGCAGAAUUACGUGUAGUAUCUGAAGCCCCCAAUGUAAUUUUACCUUCUAUGGCUGUAGCUCACUCUUUCAAAUUACAAACAAAAUCGUUAAAAGUACCUCUAGAUACGAACAUUCUGGAAGACGAAAAAGAAUUCAUUGUAAUAGAACCACCGAAAUCACAUUUUGGUACAGCUCCACUAGGAAUGCGUAUAUUAUGUCGUCAUCUUAGAUCUGGUUUACGAUGGACUCGAACAACUGAAUCUCCCAAAUUUUUCGAGUCACCUAACUGCAUAAAUCAAUCAAAUCAUCACUCAAGUAGAAAUUCAAUACCAUCAUUAUCAUCGUACAAUUCGCGAUUCUUUCCAUCCAACAACUCGUCAUCUGUUGUUUUUUCCAACCCAAAUGAUCGUCGUUAUUCGUAUGAAAGUUCUAAAUUUUCAAAUACUUCAACUGAGAAUAAUACAGAUAAAUCGCCUUAUAUAUUGUUUUAUGUACACGGUGGUGGAUUUAUUGCUUUAACAUCUCAGUCACAGGAUAACUUUUUACGUAUAUGGGCUGAACAGUUAAACUGUCCAAUUAUAGCAGUAGAUUAUUCACUUUCACCUGAAGCUCCUUAUCCACGUGCAUUAGAAGAAUGUUAUUAUGCCUAUUGUUGGAUAACAUUAAAUCGUGAAAACUUGGGUUGUACAUCGGAUGCGAAAAUUGUUCUUGCUGGUGAUUCCGCUGGUGGGAAUCUGGCACUAGGUGUUUGUAUGCGCGCUGUACGAGAUCGCUUACUUAAUAAACCAAGUGGGAUAUUUUUGGCUUAUACACCUGUAUUGGUUUCUUUUACACCAUCUCCUUCAAGAUUAUUAUCACUUUGUGAUCCCCUACUUCCUAUUGGUGUUCUUUCUAAAUGUUUAUUGGCUUAUGCUGGUAUAGACGAAGCAAGAUUGGAUUCCGACAAACUUGGUGAUAAUUUUGAAGUUGAUGAAAAUCCUUCAAACUUAACAACUGAACAAAAUUCCCCAAUAUGGUCCCGAUUAUUUUCAACAUUUUGGUCCAAUCCACCAAAAUUAGAUUUAAAUAAUUCUAAAGAGUUAAAAAUUGGACAUUUACGUCGAUAUUCAAACAUAACAAUGUCUCCUUUAUAUGAUACUUAUUUUCAAAAUCCAAAAGAUCAAUCUAUGCCCUCUAAUUUAUAUAGGUUAAGCGAAAACUCUCACUUCCUACAUAAAUCCCCAAAGUGGAAUAAAUCAGAGAAAGAAAAAAACCCAGACCAUAAUGAGGAUGAAUGUACACCAAUAUCGAAACAUCCUCGUCGACCCCCAACCGAUUUGAACCGUAUUCGAAAUAUUCAAUUAAUUCAGAAUGGAUUCAUGUCACCAUACUUAGCUUCAGAUGAUAUGCUACGUGGGUUACCUCCUGUUGUUAUUGUCUGUUCACAUUUCGAUCCAUUUUUGGAUGAUGGACUGGAGUUGGCUAAACGCCUUUCUAAACUUGAUGUCUCAGUAGAUAUACGUGUCUUAGAUGAUUUACCUCAUGCAUUUCUUAAUUUUUGUCUGUUAGGCCCAGAAUUUCAAAUUGCUAAUAAGAUUUGUAUUGAAUUAGUAAAAAAUUUAUUCCAUGAAUAUUAUAUAAAAAAUAAUGAAUAAUUUAUUUCUAAAAUAUUGAUUAUCUAUGCGCCUCACUUUCCCUUCUUAUCAUACUACUUAUUACUUUUCAUAUUAGUAGUAGCUGUGAUAUCCAGUGUUGUCUUUUUUCUUUUUUAAUUCUUUUUCUUCUUCACAUCAAAUAAUCAUACAACUCUUAUUUACGCUUCAUCAUCCAUUGGAUUGUCUAUUCUCUCUAUCACUUAAUAGAUUCGAUUAAUGUACAUACUACACACAACAAGUACACCAACAUCCAUGUUCAUUGUUUAAUCAUCUCACACACAGUUCUUGUAUCCUUUUCUUCCCCUUUCUUUUUGACUUCAUCAUGUCUGUAUUGCGAAUAAUUUCACAGUUUGUAUGUAUGUAUGUGUGUUUAUAUACGUUUCACAGAUUAUUAUUAUUAUCGUUAUUAUUUUUUUGUUGUUGAGUAAUUUAUCACCAGAUUACUUAUUUUUUUUUGUUUUUUUUAAAAACUUUAUUCUUGUUUAUUUUUUUGUUGCUUCGUUACUCUAGUUUAUUUCUUCUUUCUUGUUUUGUUUUCGCUUUGUUUUCCUCAUUUGGAUGUGUGUAUAUUGUUAGUAUACUAAUGUAUUAUUACCAAUACUACUCAUUGCCUUUCAAACAUAGCUACCUUGUUCAAAUGUGUUUUUUUUCGUUUGUUGUUGUUGCUUCACCUUUUUAUAUUUUAUUGUUGCAUAUUAUUAUUAUUUAUUUGUUUUGUUUUGUUUAAAUUAACUUAAAUCAUUAUUUGAAAUUUGAAUGAAAGCGCUAAUAUCAUUUGACUGAGGAGAAGAAAAGACCGUACCAUAUAGUGUUUUAUACUAUUGAAUAAUUAAUUAUUGUUUUGUUCUACUGAUCAAUGUCUCAUUCAUUGUAAAACUAUCAUGAUGAUCCUAUUUUUUAUCAUUUUGAUUUUAUUCAACUCUACAUAAUAUGAAUUUUCUUCUUGAAUGUUUCUAUUCUCCAAGACUUGACAUGAUUAGAAGUUAUGUUGUUGUACUAAAAUCGACAAUUUCUUUCUACUUAUCAGGAUUUCAUUUAUUCAAUGAAAAUAUAUUCUUUCUUCAUUGAUUAUCAACUUUUAUAUGUGGAUUAAGUAUACGUGAUUUUUUUAGUUGGUUAGUGAUGAUUGAAUCCUAGUGGAGAAUUGUUAUUCAAAACACGAAUGAGUUUAAUUUAGACAAGCAAUAGAUGAUUGUUUCGUCUUAGUAUGGAACUUCUCAGCAGUGUAUAUUCACAACAGCAAUCGAUUCUAAUACUUUCAGUCUCAUGCACGAAUGCUUAAGCUCUAGACUAGUGAGUCAGGAUCCAAUAGUGUAGAGGUCUAACUUCAAUCGCCGCACGAUACUAUACAAUCUUCUUCCAAUGUCUUCGGUCGGCAGUUACCUCACGUUCAACACAGUUUAGCUCCAUUGGUCUUGCUUGAAUCAAUUCAUGAUUUAAAUAAAAUUCAUCAAUCUCCACAACU